AUGACUUACAUUAAUCUCCAGAAAUUAGUGUUCCUAGUUCUUGCUUUAUGUUUCUUGUUUUCAUGCCACAAUGCUCAUCCUUUCAGAAUUUGCAGGUUCGAUAAGAUAUACCAACUCGGCGACUCGAUUUCCGACACCGGAAACUUGGUACGCGAGUUCCCCGUGGGGGCCUCCACCCCAUUCGCCAAACUUCCGUACGGCGAAACGUUCUUCAAGAACGCCACCGGUCGCUGCUCCAACGGCCUUCUAAUGAUUGAUUAUUUCGCAAUGGCUGCUGGAGUUCCACUUUUGCCACCCUACAAAAACUUGAACGCUACUCGUGAUUUCGGGCACCAUGGAGUCAACUUUGCGGUGGCAGGUUCCACCGCUUUGCCGACGGAGGUGUUGGCGAGUCAACACGUGUUCUCUCCGGUGACAGCCAGUUCUCUCAAUGUCCAAUUGGACUGGAUGUUUAGCCAUUUCAAUUCCACUUGUCUUGAUGAUAAAGGUUAA